UUUUAUUAUUUUAUUUUUAUUUUUUAUUCUUUUUCUUCGUUCUCUGUUUCGCGCGUGCUGCAUUUUGGCGCCAAUUCCCCAGUCCAAGCUCCGGUCUCGCUCGUCAACGCGCCGCUUCGCACUGCCCGGCACUCUGCUCCAGAUAGGUACUCAAUCUCACUCAAAAGCAAACCAACCAUGGAGACAGCCUCGCCGCCGCACCGAAGCCCGAGAGGCAAGUCCGCCGCCAAUCACGCCAGCGUUCAGCCGUUGACCCCGAGCGACUCGCCUUCAACGCAGUCGAAUCUGAGUGGCGCAGGCUCGCAACAGUCGCGCCACGAGGAGUCUCCCACCACCCAGGGCACUCGCAUGGUGGUCCCUCCGACGCCUACUUCCACCUCCCCGACCCGGAGCAAGCGCGCCAUGGCUCAGCGCCCUGCACAGUUGAGCGAGCGCCUUGAUGGCUCGGCUGCACCAGAUUUCUCGUUUACAUCGCCUGCUCGUGCAACAGGCCCUUCCAGUCGCGGACACGUUUUGGCGUCCCUCCGUCUGAGCGGCGAGGAACCGCGCGAAGUUGCGCUCGAAAUGGAGCACACCACACCCGCGCGUCCGAGCACGACGCUAGGACACCACACUGCCUCCUCCUCGUCAACCGUCACGCCCAAAACCAUGCUGGCGUCCCACACAAUGAUGGAACUCGCUGCUGCGUCGCGGCAGGCCGAGUCGCCAGUGACCCGGCAUUCACGACGCACUCCGAGUCGCGCGGCCAAAUUGGGGCAUCUCCCCCAGCCGGAUGACACGGAUCUUGAAACCGACCUUGCCGAGGACAUGGAUGUUUCGGCCGAGAGUGCGCGUGCUGCGCGAAGGUACACCGCCAUCAAAGUUGGCUCGACUCGCCUGCGGCGCUCGAUGCCCCAGCCCGAGCUGGCUGCAGCCAGCGACUGCCCGUCUUCGGAUGACGCGCAUGUCGAAAGCGCAGCUUGUCAGCCGGCGACACCCACCUCAAAGUUAAAGGCGCUUUGUCUCCUGGCCAGCCCCAUCCUGAAGUAUGAGGAGGCCCAACAGCGCCAAGCAGAACAAAUGCCCGAGCUGUCCAAGCCGGUCCCGCCGUAUGUUGCUGCUGUUCACGCAGCCUCUGCGGCCGCUGCAGCGCACGUCGCCACCAGCGUCCGUCCUCCUGUUGUCCGCAAGUUGUCCGCCGUCUCCGUCGGGAAUCCCGCCGUUGACCGUAUCAUGCCUGCAAAGGCCGCGACAGCACGUGCAAGCCGCCAAGCCGAGUCCCCACAAGCACUCGCGUCACAAGCAGACGAAGACGUCGAUGAGAACGAAGCCGAGGCGCGCAAAAACCGAUCUCUUGGCCUGCUUUGCGAGAGGUUCCUGAAGUCGUAUUGGGAUGCCCAGCCUGGCACCUCGAUUCACCUGGACCAAACUGCUGGCCUUUUGGCUGUGAACCGUCGACGCUUGUAUGAUAUCAUCAAUGUUUUGGAGAGCGUUGAAAUUCUUCGACGUGUGGCCAAAAAUCAGUACGAGUGGGUCGGCAUGGAAGGGCUGCCCGAGCGGCUCCGUCGGCUGAAAGAAGCCCAUACGAGCCCCAAUGGUCAACUGCUGCUUGAUGACGAUGAGCUUGGAAGCGAUGAUGACAGCGAUACCGAGCAGCCCGUGGCUCUGCGCGCGCGCGAUACCAACUUGCAGGCCUCCUCUGACGUCGCCAAAAAGAACGCAUCGCGAAAAGAAAAGAGCCUGUGCAACCUGAGCAGAUUAUUCCUGGUCCUCAUGAUUUCCUCACCGUCUCGGCUACUGACGAUGGACGACGCUGCGGCGCAGCUUGCUGGUACCGGCGGUGGUUCAAUUGACUGGAUGGACUCGAAGCUGAAGACCAAAAUUCGCCGCUUGUACGACAUUGCGAAUGUGCUCGCCAGCAUCGGGUUGAUCGCGAAGGAUCGCAUGAACUCGGUUUGUUCGCGCAAACCCGCCUUCCGUUGGAUUUACCCCCACUAUCCUGCUAUUCCAGUGCCACCAUCCCAAACACUAUCCAUGUCCAAUUACGAAGCAGCACAUUCAAGUCCCGUGGCAGCUGUAGCAAAGCCAACAAAGCGCAAGCCCGCACCACUUGAAGCACCUCCAGCCUCAAAAGCCGUCCGUCGCUCGUUGCAGCAAACCAGUGCACGCAAGUCCAGCGAAUCUGACACCCCAGCCCGCCAAGGCCGAGCCACGGUUGCAGCUGCCAAGUCGCAAUUGGACCCGACUGCCAUUGCAAGCGAGGCCAUUGCCGAAGCAAUCAAAUCUCUUCCUUCUGCUGCUGAUGGCGUCGAUGUCGCAGGCUUCAAGUCCAGCUUGGCCAGCGCCUUGCAAACCCAGCUGCAGCGAACGUUCUCCAACUCCAACUAAACACGGCUGCAGACUGUUGUAUCCUACAGUAGAUGUGGUCCAAUGGAGCUGCGCAAGCUGUGCCACGGGGGAUGCUGGGGUCAAUCAUCCGGCAAUGUUGAUGUUUUCUUUGUGUAUUUGGUCUGUGCGCGUGUUUUUUUUU